UCAAUUAGCACUCUGUAUUCUUGUAGUUAUUAAAACACUCAUUUCAUUGUUAGAAGCUUAACGUAAUGGAGCAGAGUGUUAAGCUUUUCAUUGGGAUUUUAUGGACAUUUAUGUUGGCAGGGAAAACUAAACACGAAAGCGUACUGCUACAAAAUGUUACAGAUGUUCUAGAAACUGCCAAAUCUCUGGAUGAUAUAAGUGGAUCUUUUGUAGAAAAAAUAAAAAGUGUUGGUGCUAUGGCUGAAACAUUCACAGAAAUGAUCGCUCCUGCUUUGAAACAUCUUAAAGAAGAGACAUCAACUCAUCCUCUGUCAACGGAUUCUAGCUUGUUAAAGCACCUCCUAAUCGAAGUAGAUCGUCAGUUUAAAGGUAUGUCCAGGGACUUCAACGGCAUGAUGCAGAAAUUAGAGGAACAACGUAUUCAGAUACAACUUGGACAAACGGAGCAGAAGAUUCGGGUAGCCGCCCAGGAACUCGAAAUUUUACACAGCGUACCUCCAGAGGCAUUCUCAGAGCAGGUGCAGUUAUUUAUCCUUAAUUAUGAAUCUGACUUUCAGAACAGUGCUAAAAAAUUACUGUAUUCCAUAAUGAACGAAAAUAACUUGUUCCACAGGAGCAUUUUUAACAUCGCCAUUCCUUUAACUUCAUACAAUGCAGAACUGAUGCAACUUUUUAUGAUGAAUAUGCUAAAGUUGUUGCUGCAAGGAGUCAACGUUGAAAUGUCGUAUCUGAUCGUGAAAAAUUACUCCGAGAGUUAUAAAUAUAUGAAACGUGAUUGGGGCAAAAAAAUUAGAGAGGUUACGCAGCAAAUGACAAAAAUUGACCAGAUAGUAAGGUCAAGGUGGCGGGAACAAGCAGAAAUUGAUGUGAUUCAGAUGGCUGAUACCAAAGAUGAUUUAGAUCAUUAUUCCUUUGCCAACAUGUUGUAUAACCAUUUACAAAAUAAGUAUCCAUGGCGACAUUGGUUCACUGUUGUGUAUGACCCAAUAGAUGGUUCUGAUAAACACUGGAUGAGCACUUGUGGAGGUUUUACUAAAUUUAGAUUUCAUGGGAGGAACAUUGUGGUAGCCAGUGUCGAUGAGAACAAACCAUUUCUUGAGGAGAAAGAGGGUCUGGAUAUUUUGAUGAAUCUUCCAGCAAGUGCCACUGCUGAAGGUUACUACUAUUCACUUCCGGAAUCGAUCACCGGAAACUGUGAUUGGUAUGCGUCAUCGGGGUGUUUGAAAUACGGGUACCAGGGACAUCACGUGGGCUUUGGAAAGCGAACUGUUAUUGUGGGAAGAAAUGAUUCAAAUAUGACUCUUCAUCUUUUUGGAUAAAUGUGCACAUGUAUAAAGAUGCUUCUUUAUCCUAUUUUUAAUACUUCCUAUAUAGAAACUACAUGUACUGAUGUUUGAUUUGCUUGAUCGUCAAAAACACUUACGUAAAGGAUGAAAUCUAUUUAUCCAGAUUGAAUCUAUUAAGAGCUUCCAAAAUCGGUAGACUACAUGGCAUGGUUGUUACCAUGGUUUUGAAUAACGAAGUUGACUAGCUAACAGAUUAGAGCUUGGUCCUGUCAGAGUCAUGACAACUGAAGGAAAAUAGUUAAAAUUUAAACAAAGCAUUCGUCCUUUAUAACAUUCACGAUAUUUGAAGGGACCCCAUCGGACCAUACUGUAACCAGCAUUAUUACGUUUACAUGUAGUUUUGUUAAAACUCUAAGGAGAUUUAAGUCAUUUCCACCUUCCUGUGAUGUCAAAUAAUGUCAUUAAUCUAAAUUCCUACUCAUCAAAGAAGUAUUUUUGGAUGAAUUCUUUUCAAUACAUAAUGUAAGUGUAAUACAACUAAAUGUUAAGUAAAAGAAUUAUAAAAAUUAAUAUUUUCUUUAUUUAAUUUAAUAUUAAAAUUCAAUCAUUAAAAAUGUUGCCAAGGGCAAUAACUCUUCAUGUAUUCAGGCAUUUUCUUUAUUGUACAUAUUAUAUCACUUGCUUUCCCUGAUAUUCACAAUUCUAGUAUCUUAUAAAGUACGUAGCAAAUACUUUGGAACUUUAAGCUUCAGAAUAUAUUUUAACCAGUCUUUACCUUACUUUUAUAAUACUGUUUACUAAAAAUGAACAGUCUAUAAUGCUGACAUACACUUCUGUUUAAUAUUGUCUUACUACUUAAAAAAAUGGCAACCUAAUACAUUUUUGCCAUUAUUAGUUAAUUCAAACAAUAUUCAAUGAAAAUAAAUGCAUUUUUUCUACUUUGAACCCAUAAAAUUGUGAGGAAGGAUAUACCUUUAAAUUUUUGCAAAUGUUUACUAGUAUAUGAGUGCAUAGUUUACUAAAAUUUCAAGAGAUAAUAAAUACUUUAAAUUGUUUUAAUAGGCUGUACAGUCGGAAUUAGUAUACUUAUGAGUGACAUUAAUGUUGAAACAAUUUAUUAGGCAGCUACUUGUAGAAAAUUGAUGAUUAUGUCAGCUACAAUGAUUAAGGUUACAAGAACAAUUUGUAAUGAAAUCAUUUAUCACGAAUAAAAUUUAAAA